AUGAAAGCAAUAAAUUAUGACUAAACUAUUCUGACAGUCUCAUGUUACAGAAAACAUAUGAUCAUAGAUACAAAAUAUUAUGCUUAAGUACUACCUAAUUAGUUAAUUCUAUCUAGUGUAUUAUUUCAUUUUUAAUAUUAUUAGUCCCCUCGAUAAACUAACCCGAAAUAUAUUUUAGAAUUUAGUGUAGAGAAACAAAUUCAUUGGGUAACAAAAAAUAAAACCUCAAUUUUGGAAUAAUUUGGGUUUUCUUAUUAGGGAAAAAUAAAAUAUUUUUAUGGUCAAUCUAUUGAAUUAUACAAAUUAAAAGAUUGUAUACAAGGAUAAAUAAUGUAUAAAGAAAUAAGUGAUUUUUAUAAGCCUUAAAAUUUAUUAGGAAAGGGAGGGUCUGCAAAAGUAUAUAUUUUAUAUAAUCAAAGGUUUAUAUGGUAACUAAAAAAGGUUAUAAUGAAAAAUAUGCCUCAAAGUGUGUAGAUAAGAGAUAUUUAUAAGAAGAUGGUGGAUAUGUAAAAUUAAUCUUAAUUUACUAGGAUGCUUUAUUUAAUGAAAUAAAAAUCAUGUAGAAACUAAAACAUGAGAAUAUCAUAUAAUUGGUUGAUUUAUAUGAAGGAGAAUCUACAUUUUAUUUAAUUCUAGAAUAUUUGGCUGGUGAAAGUCUAAAUGAAUUUUUUAAUAGAAGAUAAACAACUUUGGAACAAAAUUAGAUUUAGAUAAUUAUGAAAGUAAAACUGAUAUUUAUAAAAGUAAUUACUAUAAGCUGUAUCCAAUAUGCAUUUAAAUGGAAUAAUGCAUAGAGAUUUAAAACCAGAAAAUAUUAUGUUUAAAUAACUUAAUUAGUUUGAUUCAUUAAAAAUUGUAGAUUUUGGUCUAGCAACAUUUUCUAAUGCUGAAGAAUAUCCUUUUCCAAAUUGUGGUACACCUGGAUAUGUAGCACCUGAAGUAGCUAAUUUGAGAGAUCUUAAAUAGAAAUAUGAUGUAAUAUGUGAUGAAUUCAGUGUUGGAUGCAUUUUUUAUAAAUUGUAAUUUUAUUUAUUUAUAAUUUAGAUGUACUAAUAAAGAUUUGUUUCCAGGUAAAGAAUAUAAAGAAAUAUUAAAAUAAAACAAAAAGUGUCAUCUAAAUUUAGAUUCACUUGCAAUAUAUAAGACUCCUCCAGAAGCUUGCGAUCUAAUAUAAAAAUUAUUAACUAUAAAUCCUAAAGAAAGAAUAACUGCAUCAGAAGCUCUUAAUCAUCCUUAUUUUUCUUAAAAAUAUGAAACAAAAAAAUAAAAAUUUUAAUCUUCUAAUAUAAAUAAAUAAAAUCCAGUAUUUUAAACACAGAACUUCUAACCAAUAUCAAAAUUAACAAAUAUUGAUGAUGAUGAAGUUGAAGAUGAAAAUUGUAAUUAAUUAUAGGUUCCUGUUAUGAAUGAUUUAAAAUCCUUUGGUCUUAUAGCUAAUUCUAAUUUGGAAAAAAAUAAAUCUUAACUUAUUUAAAAUGGUAGAAGAAACUUCAAGAAAUGUUAAACAUAAGAAUUUGAAUAACAUUAAAAUGGUUUAAAACAUUAAAUGAAUAAUUUUAAACCAUCAUUCAUCCUUAAAAAUGAUAUGAAUGAAUAAUAAUAAUAAUCUAAAUAACAAUAACAUAAACAUAAUACUUUAAUUAACAAUUUUCCAAAAAUAGGAGAACAAGAAGGAAUGAGUAAGAUUGAUGAAGACAUUGAAGAAAAUGGUUAUUAAAUAUGA